AUGUCCUUCCUCCCUGUACAGCACCAUUCCACUCCCCUGCAAAAAGCUGCCGCUGGGGGCCACACCGGGACUUGUGAGCUUCUGAUUCGCUCUGGUGCAGACGUUGACACAGCCAUAGAUAGGGACCAGAACACACUCCUGCAUCGGGCGGCUGCUAGGGGCGACACUGGGACUUGUGAGCUUCUGAUAAGUUUGGGGGCUGGCGUUAUGUUCCAGAAUGAGGACCAGGACACACCCUUACACAAGGCUGCUGCUCGGGGCCACACUGGGACUUGUGAGCUUCUAAUUCGUUCUGGAGCUGAUGUUAUGGUGAAGAAUAAGGACCAGUCCACUCCCCUCCAUAAAGCUGCUGCUGCUUCUUGGCACCACACUGAGACUUGUGAGCUUCUGAUUCGUGCUGGAGCCGAUGUCACAGUCACAGAUAAGGAGGGGAAGACUCCCUUGGAUUAUGCAAGGGAUCUGGAGACUCUACGGCACUGGAAGCUAGCCGCUAGGGGGGCAAAACUUUUGUUACUAAUUCCUGAGAUAAAUAGCUAUCUUACACCGAAAAAACGUGACUUCAAAGCUGACUUCAAGGCUGUUUUGAAACAGAUCAUCCCGCAUGCUGCUGAGAUGGUCCAAGGAAACGCCAGUGACCUGCUGUGUAGCGAGGAUGAGGACCCGCUCAUCAGGAAUCGCACAAAGCUGAUCCGGGACCUGACGUCAUCGUCCGUCAUGGGGGACGUCCUGAACCAUCUCCUGUCACGUGACAUUCUCAGCGAUGAGGAAUACGAGCGUAUCAGGGCAAAGGAAACACCCCGAGACAAGGCAAGGGAACUGUUGGACAUCAUGCAUACAAAACACAAAAGCGCAAGAGAUGUAUUUAAGGAAGUCUUGAGAGAGGUCAACCUGCAUGUUGCAGAACUGUUGACGUGUAGAGAGGAUGAGGAUCCGCUCACUAUGAACCGCCCAGAGCUGGUCCAGGCCUUGAGAGAUGUGGAGCCAAUCCUAGACCACCUACAGGCAUGUGACACCCUGACUGCCAAGGAGUGUGAUGUCAUUAGGGCAAAACAAUCACCCCAAGACAAGGCAAGGGAACUGCUUGACAUGAUAGGAAGAAAAGGUGCCCCUGCAAGUCGCAAGUUUAAGGAUGCCAUGGAUGAGGUAAACCCGCAUGCCGCCGAAAUGAUCAAAGACUCCAGUGACCUGCUGUUUAGAGAGGAUGAAGAUCUAGGGAUUGAGGAUGUAUCAGGUGACCCUGACGUGCCCAUUGAGGUCCUGCUGCGGGGACCAGAGAUGGCAAGACUUUAUUCUCAAGCCAGAGACCAGGGGUUCCUGACUGUCCACAGCACAAGGGUUCCGGUGGUGGGGCAGUUCAGGUCAGGCAAGAGCUGCUUUAUCAAGAGGCUGAUGGGAGAAACAGUCAGGAAGGAUGAGGAGGAACCCAUCACGGAUGGAAUCCACAUCAUUUCUGAUGUCCAAACCAAGACAUGGAAGAAGUCACCAGAGGAGAUAGAUGAAUUAGCAGGACCAUUGCUACCGACAGAGACCUCAACAGGGCAGGAAAUGGGUCUUGAGGAACAAACUAUGCCAGACUCACCAAGCCUGGAUAAUCAGGGACAACCUCAACCAGACUCACCAAGCCAAGAGCAUCAGGGACAACCUCAACCAGACUCACCAAGCCAAGAGCAUCAGGGACAACCUCAACCAGACUCACCAAGCCAUGAGCAUCAGGGACAACCUCCACCAGACUCACCAAGCCAAGAGCAUCAGGGACAACCUCAACCAGACUCACCAAGCCAAGAGCAUCAGGGACAACCUCUAUCUGACUCACCAAGCCAAGAGCAUCAGGGACAACCUCAAUCAGACUCACCAAGCCAAGAGCAUCAGGGACAACCUCUAUCUGACUCACCAAGCCAAGAGCAUCAGGGACAACCUGAACCAGACUCACCAAGCCAUGAGCAUCAGGGACAACCUCAACCAGACUCACCAAGCCAAGAGCAUCAGGGACAACCUCAACCAGACUCACCAAGCCAAGAGCAUCAGGGACAACCUCUAUCUGACUCACCAAGCCAAGAGCAUCAGGGACAACCUCAACCAGACUCACCAAGCCAAGAGCAUCAGGGACAACCUCUAUCUGACUCACCAAGCCAAGAGCUUCAGGGACAACCUCAACCAGACUCACCAAGCCAAGAGCAUCAGGGACAACCUCUAUCUGACUCACCAAGCCAAGAGCUUCAGGGACAACCUCAACCAGACUCACCAAGCCAUGAGCAUCAGGGACAACCUCUAUCUGACUCACCAAGCCAGCAACAGACUAACAUCAAAGACGACCUGUCGAAAGUCAUGCCAGAGAAACAGAAGACCGAUGUCAUUCCAGACAACCUGCUUGAAUCUGGAGAGAGAAUGCUGAAGGCGGGUAUUACUCAGGAAGAGCUUGGCACUGCCACAAAUCCGCGUCUGUCCUUCUGGGAUUUCGGCGGCCAGGCCACUUACUACGGGACCCACCACUGCUUCAUCACCCCCCAGGGAGUCUACAUCCUUGUCAUGUCUCUGCUGCAGAAACUGUCGGACCCUGUACCAGAUCAGGACUACAUGGCAUCUGUGGACAACCUGAGAACAGGAGGAGACUACCUGGACCACUGGCUCAACUCAGUUCACUCUCACACACAGCAACACAAAAAACAGCCUCCCGUCAUCAUUGUCCUCACGCACAAAGACAUGGUCUCUAAGGAAUACAUUGACAAAUAUAAGGAAGAGAUACGGAGCCACAUCAAGAGGAAGGCGGCAGGCAAGCUGGUCAUGUCAAAGAUAUUUGCAGUGGACAACACAACUGAGGAUGCAGCAGUUGACAAGAUUCGUGACUACAUACGACAGGUAGCAAGAGAACUGCCGCACAUGGGCGAGGAAAUCCCCAUCUCAUGGCUUCAUCUCAACUCCAGACUGAAGACAAAGAGGAAAGAGGCUGAUCCGUUUUGCACGUUCCAAGAAGUAGUGGAACUCGCCCGAGAUCCUGACAUCAGCAUCACAGACAGGCACACCCUCGCCAUGGUUCUCACCUUCUUCCACGAUCGAGGUGACAUCAUCUUCUUUGACGAGCCCAGUCUCCGUGAUGACGUCACCCUGCAGCCACAGGUGAUGAUUGAUGCCUUUAAGACCAUCAUCACAGUUCCUCCAUAUCAGCAUGGCAGAAAGACGAAACCAAGGAAUAAGUGGAUGAGUUGGUUACUGUCAAAGAUUCUGAAAAAGAAGAAACAACAGAGAGGCCCGGACCUGAGCAAAAUGUGGGAGAGACUGGAACAGGAAGGGGUCCUCAGUGACGAGUUGCUAACAAGAAUCUGGGAGAAGAAGGACGAAGAACUGGAAAAACCAUUUCUGCUCCGAUACAAGUCCUUCCUGAAGGCACUCAUGGAGAAGUUCUAUCUCAUUUGCAAUGCCACACCUGUAGGUGAUGCCAGCGAGGAAGCCCAGCAGAAUGAGAUCUAUUUUGUGCCUGCGCUCCUAAGCUGUAAGAGGGACAACGCCAAGUUAUAUCCCCGCAAAAUGCAUGUCUGUCCUCAGCCACUCUACUUCGUGUUCAGUGAGAAGUUUCUACCCAGCGGCAUGUUCUGCCGUCUACAAGCCUUGUGUGUACGCAGGUUUGGACUGAAAGAGUCCUACGUGUUUGCCGGGUGUGCCCGUUUCCCUACAGAUGUACAGCAGGAAACAUUCGUCAUCACCAAAGUCAACCACUACUUGAAGGUGGAGCUUCUGUCGUCCUCCAAAGUCUUCACAGAAGGUCUGCGCGUCAGGAAGUUCCUCAGUAGCGCCCUGUUUGAGAUCAAAGAGAAGUGGAUCCCCUGUAUCCAGUACAAGCUCAAGUUCUGUUCUACACUACCAGAGGAAGGAAGUGAACCUGCAUUUCAGACAUUGCCAACAGGUGAUGGGCCAGUGGAACAGGAUUCAGGAGUACCAUCUGAGUUUCGCAAGGUUUGGAUGACUGGUAUCUCGCAAGCUCAUCGAACAGAAAACUCAGGAGGAGACGGCCCAGUGAUACUUCAGCCAACGGGGGACCCCAGCAACAUGCGAACGAUUGGCCCAGUGUUGGACACGAUGGAGCUGGGGAGAGGGUUGUCACUGGACCAGUGUGACAGUACUAGGAGCCAACUGACGCCGAAAGAUCGGGUCAACAACCUAGUGAGGCUAGUAGAGAACCGUUGCCUACUGGGAGCUGCGGUGGAGAUGUGCUGUCCAGAAUUUGCAGAUUGCUUCUUGAGGGAAGAACGAGGAAAAGAGGUUGUCAUUCUCCACACAGAUGACUACAUGGAAGAGUUCAUCUCGCCUCUCCAGACAGCCGCUUCUGAAUCUGGCCUGUCCUGUCACACAGAGAUUAUCCAGCCUACUGACUCCAUCACAGAGAAAACAGUGAAACUUCUGCUCAACACAAACAACAGGAUGGUUCUCCUAGUCAUCACUCCCCAGACCCUACAUCACGAGCACUGGUCAAACCUCGACUACGAGUUCCCAGUUCGGAACGGGAAGCUCCUGCUGCCCAUCCUGCUGUACCCACGAGGUUCCAGAGACAGGAUGGUCCGGGUGCUCCAGCAGCGGGCUCCAGUGCUGUGCAGCCUGGUGCGUGAGGAGAUAGAGAUGGAUGGGACGGCAGUGUCACAGGAGAGGAUGCACGAAAUCUUGAACAAGGUCAUGACGGAUGAAGAAAAGGAUUUUCAGCAGAUGUUAGGAAGCAUCUUUGACCAGCUGGAUGAAACAGAUGUAAGGUUACUUCAGCGGGUGUGGUCAGCGCGUAUUGGUCAACAGGAAAUCGCAGGGACAGAGACGCCACAUGACGUGAUGAGGGCGAAGGUGAAGAGUGGAUACAUCUCAACUGGUGACCUCGGAAUGCCACAACUGGAGAAGGACAUGAUGGCAGCUGGGAUCAGCCUUCCUGCUCUUGUGCGAGACAUUCCAGGAAUACCCAAUGAGUUACAUUACGUUAAGACCACAAAGGCUUUUGUGGGACCAACGGGUGGGGAGAUGGAGAUUUCCGGUUUUGCCAAGCUUGUUGUACCACCAGGGAUCCUUCAGCAAGACACAGCUGUCAGCAUCUCCAUCGCAGACAUACCUGGCAUCUUAAGGGGUGAAGAAGGCUUCAGCUGGCUCUCCGACUACCCCUGGUCCCUCGGUGAGGACGCCUACCCACGUGAGCUACUGGAUCAUGUGCUGUUCUCCCCAGCUGUUGACGUCAACCUACACGGUGCACAGCCUGAUGGACCCAUGGAGUUACAGACGUGGCGGCCUCCUGGUUCUGAAGGCAUGCAGUGUGUUCUGCUGAAGCAUUUUGAUGGAGAAGGCUGGGCAGAUAUCACAGCUUCAACCACACACCAGAUAUAUUCGGACAAACUGUCCAUAUCUAUGCAUACCUUCUGUCCCCUAUGUGUGGUGUGGACCACGCUUGUCGAUGUGGGAAAGCUGAUGACAUCCGUGCUGUCGUCAAGAACUUUAGAUUGUAGGUUUUCAGCGUACAUCAAGUCACACGAAGAGGAUGUGGAUUUCCAUGUCGUCUGUAGAGAUAAGGCUGUUGAGAAAGAAGAGUACCGCCCUGGGUUCGAGGUGUGCGGAAGCAACAAAGCCAUGUUCGAUCUUUAUCAUAGGAAUGAUAUUGAAGUUGCUGUCAGUGUCCAGAAUGGCCAGAAAGAAUCCAAGACAAUAGAGCUUCGUGCCCAGCUCUGUUGCGAAGAAGACGGACAGAACGUUCAAAUGUUCCUGGACAGGCCAAGCGGGAAACAUCUCAAGGGUGAUGUGAUCAUCAAGAGUGCUCAUGAGCGACCCCCUCGGACCGUAUGUGAGUUCAAGUUCCGGGAGGAAGGUCGAGUCUCCAACAGGGACAGUAAGAGGACUGAUGGCCACCAUCCUGACACAUCAAAACCUCAAGCCAGGUCUGGAGGCGUGCAAACUGAAUCCAGUGCCCAAGAAGGAGCACGUGAGACCGGUGGUGCUCAGCCAGCAGAUUCCGCCACUCAACCACCCAGAGGUCCAGCAGGGGCUGAAGGACCUGCCUCUCAGAAAGAGGAGGGCUUUAAAGCGCCAGUAGUCCUAUUCGUCAAUGACGAGUAUGGGACUUCCAAGGGGGGGAUUUCUACUAUCAACAGCCAGAUGGUCCAAACCCUGACCGCAACCAAUGCAGUCGUGUACAACACUGCCCUGCGUGUGCCAAAACGAGACCAGGAGACAGCAGACAGAGACGGCGUCCAACUGAUACAGCCAGUUCAACAAGACGAAGAGUCUGUGCCAACGCUAGACUGGCUAACUAAGUACCACAGUGUCCACUUCCCGAAUCUCCCACAGGACGUCACCUGCAUCAUCGGCCACGCCGACAUCACAGAUACGGCGGCACGAAACAUCUGGGAUCAACGCUAUCCACAUGCAGACCUCGUGACGAUCACCCACGUCAUACCAGAGGAUACAGAGUACUACAAGGGAGGGCGGAAGGCCAUGAAGGCUUGGGAGAAAGAGAAGGAUAUGCUUGAUAAAAUCAACAACGUAAAGGCAGCCUUCUCUGUGGGCAAGCGGAUCUUCGAACACUGUGACAACAUGUACAGGGGAGAGAAGAAACCACAGAGCCACUACAUCUUCCUCCCGAAGCCAUCCGAGAUGUUCCUGGCCACCACAGUUCGACCUGGGGGACAGCAGAAGGUCGUCCUCUCCAUCGGCAGGGUGAGGAAGGUGGAGAAGCUGAAAGGUCAUGACCUCAUAGCACAGUCCAUGGGUGAAGUAGCAAAGGAAGUCAGGAACGUCCGGUUGCGCGUGCGCGGUAUCAGCGAGGAUGACUUCGAGACAAGCAAGAAGAUCUUGGAGGACAACCUGAAGAGUGGCAAACUGAACCCCACCCUCCUGCCGUACGGAACACAGGAGGACAUCUUGGAGGACAUGAUGACAGCCCACCUGGUGCUGAUGCCGUCCCGCUGCGAGCCGUUCGGGCUGGUCGGCCUUGAGGCCAUUGCAGCUGGCAUUCCCGUCCUCAUCUCCGACAAGACCGGCCUGGCAGACUUGAUCCUCGACCUGAUCGAACAGGGGAAGCUCCACCCGGACCACAAACGCGUCAUCGUGGAGACAAAUGUGAACGACACCGAUCCUGAGGGAGACGUACGGAGGUGGGCAAGCAAGAUCGUGGACAUCCUCAAGUACAGUGACUCGGAGUUCGAGAAAGCUGCCCGGUUCAAGCAGGAGCUCGUGGAGUCCAAGUACUGGGAGGAAUCCCACUGCAACUUCCUGCAAGCCUGCGGCAUUCCGGCAGAGCAACAGCAGAAGCUCCUGCUGGCCAUCGGCAGGGUGAGGAAAGUUGAGAAACGGAAAGGUCCUGACCUCGCAGCACAGACCUGCCUGGCAGACAUGAUCAGCGACCUGAUCCAGCCAGAACACAGGCACGUCAUCGUGAAGACGACCGUGAACGACUCCGAUAUUGCAGGAGAUGCAAAGAGAUGGGCGAGCAAAACCAUCGACAUCCUCAAGUACAGCAACUCAGAGUUCGAGAAAGCUGCCAAGUUCAAGCUGGAGUUGGUGGAGUCCAGUUUCUGGGAGGAAACCCGCCGCAACUUCCUGCAGGCCUGCGGCAUCCCGGCUCUGACCUCUGCAGAUCUGUAG